AUGGCAUCUACCGAAACCACGACAGUUGCGCCAUCCGCGGCCUCUCCCCGACUCUUCCAAUUCGACCGAACCGCAUUUUCUGGCCACCACUAUGACAUCAAAUCCGUGACCGAAACCCGUUCAUUCUAUGCCGGCAUCUCCUCUUUCACCCGUAAGAAGCCUGACCUCACUCUACAUGAAGGAACAAGCGACAAGGGCGCCAUCAAGGCUGUGUGCCAUAUGGAGCACUUGCGGGGCAACUCCAAAAUCGGUCUGGGGGACCCAGCUAAGCCAGAUUCAGUGCAAUGGGAAGACAUGACGAAAGAAUCAGUCUUCAAGGCUUCCAAAUACCGCUGGGAAACGGCGCUCACCAACUCAAGCACACCCAGACGAGGGAGGGAGGUUCUGUUAUGGAAGAGAACCCAAUCAGUGGGGGUAGGGGGCUCGUCGCCGUCGGGGCUGAGCGUGCGGAACUGGAAGCUCGUUCACGAAGGUACUGGAGAGAUCUUAGCGGUCUUUACAAGCGAUGGGCCAUUAACGAAGUGCGAGGGCUUGGAGGUGAGAGCAAACUUUGGAGACGCGUUCGACCAGAUGGUAAUGAUCACUUGCCUAACUCUGUAUGAGGCGGCCAAACGUCGCGGAGGCGGAUGUUGA